CCUCGUUAAUUCAUGAUCACAUAUCCUUCAUUAAAAAAUCACUCACGUACGAACAUUUGAAAGGCCAACCUAUUCCAAAAUCAAAAGAAAGAAUCAGAAAAAGCGGCCGCCGGGCGCCGGCACAGUUAGUUGCGUUCAUAAUGGCGGGGGAGAAGAAGUUGCGGAUAAAAGUGGAGUCGCCGACGUCGGAGUUCCGGGCAGAAGUGAACGGGAGCGGUAAGGUGAUGGAUCUGAUAAAGAUAAUAAAACGGGCGUGGGGGAGUGAGCACAUGACUCUCCACACCAACUCUACAGAAAUGAAGAGCGAUCAGCCCCUCUCUGUUUACAAUCUCAGAGACGGAUCUGUCGUCAAAGUCAGAGUCUUCGCCGACGCUCCUUAGCUUCAUUCCGGCCGCCCUCAGUUCCGUUUCGAGAUUUAAGAUCGAUCCAUGAAGAUGACCGAACAAACGUUUUAUUUAUUGGCAUCUAUCUAUUUUUCCUAGCAACAUUUCAAUCAUCAAACGGUUGUGUUUGGACUUGGAACAUAAAUAUGUCUUUGUAAUUCAAUUCCAUUUCUUCUUUUUUUGGAGUUGUAUCUUGUACCAAGUACUUAGUAGUACGUAGUAUAUCUCAAACCCACCCUUUGUUAAUUCCUCGGCCUCAUACUUCCCCAAUAAUAACGGUGAAAUUUAUCUACUAUACUACCUUCAUCGUUGAUUUGAAAAAUUGACUUUUUUUGGUUAAACAUUUUCAACUUAUC